UGGGUAGAUGAGAGAAUCUAUUAUAUACUCCAACAAAAACCCUAGCUCUGCUUCCGGCCGAGAUUCGCAAUCCUUGUCGAUCGCCGGUUUCGGAAAACGAAAUUAGGGUUUUGUUUGGUGUCAAUCAUGCCGAGAAGGGAUGAUGAAAGGUUCGUUUUUGAUGCCGGAGACGACGAGGACAACCAAGUUGAGGUAGUCCGGGCUGAGGAUGACGAAGAUGACGACGAGGCUAAUGAGGAUCUCAGCUUGAAGAUAUUGGAGAAAGCCUUGUCGAGGCGAGCCGUUGAACGAAGCCGAAACGAGCUCGGUUUCGAUGAUUCGAACGAGACGAGCAUGGCGGAUCUCUGCGUAUCGGCUUCUGGUGUAGUGGGUUCUGUUCUGGUUAAUGGCGAGAAGCCCAUGGAGGAGAAUGUUCAGAGUAAUAGGAAGAAGAAAAAGAAGAAGAUGGAGAUAAAAUCUGCCCAGGAAACUUCUAUUGUUACUAAAGAUGAAGAUGGGGUGGAAAUAGUGGAGGAGGUUUCGAAAGAUGAAGACGCUGAGGUUGACAAAUUUAUAGAACCAAACGCAGGAGAAACAUCUAACAACAUGGUUCUCAGAAAGCUUCUUCGUGGACCGAGGUAUUUCGAUGCUCCAGAUGGUGGUUGGGAGUCAUGUUUUAAUUGUGGGGAGCAAGGCCAUAUGACCAUAAAUUGUCCAUCCCUUACCAAACGCAAGAAACCUUGCUUUGUAUGUGGGAGUUUGGAACAUGGGGUGAAGCAAUGUGCAAAGGCUCAAGAUUGCUAUAUUUGCAAACAAAGUGGGCACCGGGCGAAAGAUUGCCCAGAGAAGUAUAAAAGUGUGUCCAAAAACACAAACAUAUGCUUGAGAUGUGGAUAUUCUGGGCAUGACUUGUUUUCGUGCAAGUAUGAAUAUUCUCAUGAUGAUCUGAAGGAUAUACAAUGUUAUGUCUGUAAAGCCUUUGGCCAUUUGUGUUGUGUCGACCCUUCUAACUCACCGACGUGGGCUGUCUCUUGCUAUAGAUGUGGCCAACUGGGUCAUACUGGACUCGCAUGUGGGAGACUCAACGAUGGAAGUAUGGGAAGAGAUUCCUCUCCGAGUUCAUGCUUUAAGUGCGGGGAAAGAGGACACUUUGCACGUGAAUGCCUGAAUUCUUUGAGCUUAAACUUUUCACAAGGCAAGGAGUUGUUGGCUAGCUCAUGCUAUAGAUGUGGAGGAAUGGGGCAUUUUGCUCGCGAGUGCCCAAAUUCCACCCCGGUUUUUAAGCGACGACACGAUGCAUCAUCACCAUCUCACAAGAAGUCUCACAAGAAAAGUAAAGAGAAGAAGGAAUACCAUUCCGCUCCUCAUGAACCCAAUGGCAAGACAAAGAGAAAGAAAACCCGCGACGUGGAAGGGGACUUUACAACGCCUCGGAAAGCAAAACACCGAGGCGGGUGGACCACAAUGGAUCCCGAGGAAGAAGAUAGUUCACGGAGAAAGAGAAAGAGCAGAAGACCGAGUCCCCCCUCCACACCAUGCGGUAAGAACCAUAGGAUAUCGUCGGGCGGGUGGCCACCGAGCUCUCCAUCAUCAUGGAGGCAAUCUUCUUCUCAUCAUCACAGAUACGUAGCCGCAGCCUCGAGGUUCAGUGACCGCCGCCAUUACCAUGGUGAGUACCGUGGAAACUAUGAUGAGUGGUAGAAUAUAACGAUGAUGAAGCUUUGGUUUUUAGACCUUUGAUUUUUGGUAGCUAAAUGUGCUCUAUCAUAUGACCCCCCCCCCUGUAUUUGUGUUCCUUUGUCAUGCUUUUUUUUUACUACAGUAUUUUUUAUGAAGAGAAUAAUUCUAUUAAAUGUAAUACAAUUAAAAUAUUUAAAAAUGUGUGCCUAUCUGAAACCGAAAGUUUGGAUUUUGUUGUAA